AUGGCGUCGCACAGAAACCGGACCGUUGCCCAAAAGACUUCCCGGGCGAAAGAAAAGAGGGAGAGGCGAUUUGCUCGGAAGAAAGAUGAGAAACGAGACCCGUCUCUGAGAGCGGCGAGGCUCGCAAAGAAUAAACCGAUUACUCUGGAUCAGAAGAGGGUGUGGGACGAUGUUGAUGACGAGGAGUUGACAAGCAGUGUGGAUCUUCAGGCGCUGAGAAGGAGACGACUUCAGCAAGCAGAAGACGCAGAACGGCAAGCCAUAGAAGCUGCCGAAGCAGCAAACGACGACGACGACAAUGACGCCGAUAGUAUGUUGGACUCGGAUUCAGACUCUGACCACGAAAUGGAACAAGAUCACAACGACAAUAAGAGAGAGAGUUCUCUUGCCCCAUCUGUCGCGUCCACAUCGAACAUAGACUUGACUCCUGAACUAUUACUCGCUAAGUUCCCAAUGCUAUUCUCACCGGAUGCUCGCCCAUCAGAGCCGAAAAUUUUAAUUACCACCGAUUUUAAUUCAACUAUACAUCACAUCGCUGCUGCAUUCGAAAGCAUAAUACCGAACGCGAAAUAUGUCCGACGAUCAGCGCACCAUUAUGGACAUAAGUACAGCGUCCGCGAAAUUACCAAAUUUGCCGAAAAUAGAGGGUUCUCCUCUCUUCUCGUGCUGCGAGAGGACAACAAAAGACCCUCCGCUCUAGACUUAAUUGAUAUACCUUCUAAGGUCUCUUUCCACUUCUCCAUAAGCUCCUGGGUAGAUGGGAAAAAACUUCCUGGCCACGGUGUCUCGCAAGGUUUCCAUCCCGAGCUUCUACUCAAUAACUUCAACACCCCGCUUGGCUUGUGCACAGCAAAGGUCUUACAGAGCCUUUUCCCCGCCUCUCCUGAAUUGGCCGGUCGAGAGGUCUGCACCUUCCAUAACCAGAGAGAUUACAUUUUCUUUAGGCGUCACAGAUAUAUAUUUCGCGAACGGCGAGAGACCGAAAAGAGUGUGGUUGCUGCCGAUGGCAAGAACAUGGCUGGAGUAGAAAAUAUUCGGAGCGGCUUACAGGAGUUGGGACCCCGUUUCACAUUAAAGUUACGUCGUAUUAGCAAGGGCAUUGGUUUUGCAGGCAGCGAUCCAAAUGACCCUACACAUUGGCAAUGGAAAGCCAAGAUGGAAAAAGACCGCAAGCGAUUCAAUCUAUAA